AUGAUUGACAGCAAUGCGAUGGAUGUCAAGCCUUACGACGCAGAUCCGGAGCACAACCUCUGCGGACGCCGGCACAACCCCACGGGCGCUUCUUGCGCCGCGACGGGUGGGCCGAAGGACCUUUCGGAGUGCUUUCGCUGGUUCUGGGACCUUUGGAGCAAAGAGCAGAAGCCUUGGGUCGAGCAGAAGCUUCAAGCGUCUGACGCCGACUGGCAGAUCAUAGUAACUCACUUCCAAUGUGGCACACAGGCAGAAUGGUUCAAGCGACUACGCCAAAAGUUUGGCCUCGAUCUGCUGGUAACUGGGCACACGCAUACGCAGCAAGUCUUCCACAACUCCGGCUUGCUUGGGGGCAUGACCUGCUUCAUUACUGGAGGUGGUGGAGGCAUUGUCUCGGAGGGUGACGCAACUCCCUACAGGAGCAGUCAGUAUGGAGACACCCUGGACAUUGUGCCGCCUCUGCAACCAGGAUUUCAAUUGCUCGGCGAUUGA